UCCCACACAGCAACCAGAAAACAUCUGCUUACUUCCUUCAAAAUGGGAAAGAUCACCUUCUACGAGGACAGGGCCUUCCAGGGCCGCAGCUAUGAAUGCACCACUGACUGCCCCAACCUACAACCCUAUCUCAGCCGCUGCAACUCCAUCCGGGUAGAGAGCGGCUGCUGGAUGAUCUAUGAGCGCCCCAACUACCAGGGCCACCAGUACUUUCUGCGGCGCGGGGAGUACCCUGACUACCAGCAGUGGAUGGGCCUUAGCGACUCCAUCCGCUCCUGCUGCCUCAUCCCCCCGCACUCUGGCACUUACAGAAUGAAGAUCUACGAGAGAGAUGAAUUGAGGGGACAAAUGUCAGAGCUCACAGACGACUGUCUCUCUGUUCAGGACCGCUUCCGCCUCACUGAAAUUCACUCCCUCAAUGUGCUGGAGGGCAGCUGGAUCCUCUAUGAGAUGCCCAACUACAGGGGGAGGCAGUAUCUGCUGAGGCCUGGGGAGUACAGGAGGUUUCUUGACUGGGGGGCUCCAAAUGCCAAAGUUGGCUCUCUUAGACGAGUCAUAGAUCUGUACUGAAGUAUUUACAUUCUCCACUUUUCUCCUUUAAAAUCUAAUAAAAUAUUUAGCUUGUGUUUCUGGCA